CUAACUGGCAUCUAUUAUGUGGUAAAAUUCUGUUCCCUCGAUAAAAAAGGCCCAUCAUGGCCUGCCUGGGUCACCUCAGAGCCCAUGGCUGACCUUCUAACUGGCCUAUGUGGCCCCCUCAGACGCCGUCUCCAUGAAAAGACCACCACGGCCUGCCUGGGCCCCUCAGAGCCCAUGGCUGACCUUCUAACUGGCCUAUGGGGCCCCCUCAGAUGCCAGCUCCAUGGAAAGAUCACCAUGGCACGUCUGGGCCCCCUAGUGGGAAAGGCUGACCUUC